UUGGUAAUAGCGUUUAUACCAAUUCCCCUCUUCUUCCAACCAAAUACUACGUAUACGCCUUUCUCCGCUCUCUGUACUCACUACACUGCACAACCGAGCGUCUCCAAAACCUUCCCACAGAGACUUCCAACAUGGAUGAUACAGAUGAUCCAAAGCAAAGCACUGCUGACAUGACAGCUUUUGUCCAAAAUCUUCUUCAACAGAUGCAAUCCAGGUUCCAGACAAUGUCCGACUCCAUCAUUACAAAGAUUGAUGAGAUGGGCAGCAGGAUCGACGAGUUGGAGCAGAGCAUCAAUGACCUCAGAACUGAGAUGGGAGUGGAAGGAUCACCAUCUCCUUCAGCCUCGUUGAAGCAAAAAAUAGAGCCCAAGUCAGCUGAUGAUUCAGGCAAGGAGUAACUAUGUCAUGUUGUGUUGCUUUAAUCGAUAGGGUGUGUUUACUGCCUGAUUUUGAGCGUUCGUUUGGCUGUUCCAUUUGGAUCCAAAUCAUACCAUAUAGAAGAUCUCUCGGAGCAGAUCUAUACUCCAUGGAUUUGUAAGCAAGGCCAAAUUUGAUUCUCAUUUUCUGACAGCAAUGUAGGAAGCCGUUUUGAUUCUCAUUUCCUCGCUUAUAUUUUCAUGAUGUGUCUUACUGGUGUGAUGCCCUUUAUCAUUGAAAACCUUGGCACGAGGGGCGCUGAGUCUAAUUUUAAGGGUUUAUCGUUCAACUAGCUCUUAAUCUAAUGGUACAUCUCUUCUCCAAGGAGCCAGACAUUCGAACCUCAUUUCCCUGUAAUAAUAUUAUUGAUAGGCAUCUUCUUCUGUAUCACAUAACUUCGUACUUGUCUAAAUUUGGUACGUUACUGGGGUAGUAUUUGUUGGUAUUCCAAA